AUGACAACUAGUUACCUAGCUUCCGCCUCAACAAAUGUUAAAAUAUGGGAUUUGAGAGAAAUUGAUGGGGCAAAUCCGAAGAAUGGUACCUCUUCUACAGAAGCAGCAGCAGCCAACAAUAAUAACAAUAAAACACUAUACGGUGUAGAGCUCGCUUCUUUUUCGCCUUUGGACUCAACUGCCGUUAAUUGUGUGCGAUGGAGUCAUGAUAAUCAGCUGCUUGCUGUGGUUGGUAAUGAGAGUUCAAUAACGAUACAUAAUCAAGAAGGAACACGUAUUGAAUCGAUAUCAUUGAGCAUUCUGGAUUAUCCAGAUAUCAAUGCACUUCGCUGGGCUGAUAAGUUGCGACGCUUAAUCUUUGGAGGAUCAGAUAACAUCGUGCAUGAAUGGGACGUGGAAGAAAAAAAAUUCAGUAAUUCAUUGAAAGGACAUAGUAGCACGAUAACAUGUCUGGAUUUGAAUCUUGAUGAAACAUUAAUUGCAAGUUCUAGUUCUAAUGGAGAUAUUAUUGUACACAAUCGACAAAAAUCCACUGCAAAUAGCUUGACGACGGGAGUAACGAAUCGGUCUAUCAACACUCUUGAAUAUUCUUACUUCAAGCAAGGCUUGCUUGCAGCUGGUGGUGACGAUGAAGAACUACGACUAUGGGAUACUUGUGUAUCCACGACAGCCAUUCGGACGUUCGAUAGUGUGCAUCAUGAUUCGAUAAAGGGAAUUGCAUUCUCGCCUUAUAAUUCAACAUUCAUGGCCAGUGCUGGUCUUGACAGAAGAAUCGUGCUUUAUGAUGUGGGGAAACAAGAGGACGUGAAAACUUUAAUCACCGAGUGUCCUUUAACAGCGUUAGCCUUCAAGCCGGAUGGGUAUACAUUAGCUGCAGGCACAGAUAAAGGUAAAAUUCUUGUGUAUGAUCUCCGUUCACUUAGCAAACCAAUUUAUACGUUGUUGGGGCACGAACCACGUCCAAUUCAAUCUCUUCGUUUUCAGUAUAAACUACGACGCACCACAAAUGCAAAAACAAAAGGUCACACUCGUACAUCAUCUAGGGGAUCAACAUCUAGUACUACUACUGCUGUUUCUGCUCAUACUAAGUCAAAAGUCGCUACUGCUACAAUAACACCGCCAACAAGUGAAUCAAAAAAAAAGAAUCAAAUAGACAUUACUAGUAGUGUGAUUUCUCCCACACCAACUAAAGGGCUCUCUGCUCUUAAAUCACGAUCAUCUGUUCCUCCUCCAACCACCAGCACCAAAAAUGAAACAACAGCAAAGGACAAGAAUUAUAUGGACAUGUUUUCUCCCGUAAAAGAUAAUCAGAACGAAGAGAAUGGCUUGAAAAAUUCAAUAUGGAAUCUUGACAUGUCAAUAAACUCCGGACCCUCUCCGCUAACUAGCACCGUAAAUGAAUCAACAACAAGGGACAAAAAUAAACAGAGCGAACAGAUUCCUCACGUGAAAAAUGAUAAGCAGAGUUCAAUAGGGAAUCCGGACAUGUUGAUAAACUCGGUAUCUAUGGAUAAACUAAAGAAUGGGAUUGUGACAAAAGUCAAAGAGAGUAUUGGAGGAGUCGCACAAUUGAAUGAGAAUGGGAUUGUGACAAGAGCCAAAGAGAGUAUUGGAGGAGUCGCACACUUGAAUGGGGAUUCUACAGAUUCUACUAUGGGAAAUGGUGUCAUGAAGGUUACAAAAGAUGGCAACAAUAAUGACACAACUCCAUCAUUUCAGUACCAAGUAUUGGAAAAUAUUGUUGAAGAUUGCUUACAUGAAUUCAGAACAUCCUUACGAAAUGAUAUACAAAAUAUGCAUCUAGAACUACUUCGACAGUUUCAUAUACAAAAAACUGAAAUGGAAAUGAUGUUUCUAAAGUACUGCGGAGAGUCGGUGGCACUUCGGGAGGAAGUUGAACGUUUGCGGGAAGAAAAUCAGAGGCUCAAAAUCAAGUCAUACAAUUGA